GAAGCCUUCCAGGCCGGCUUCCUCACCUGAGAGCCCAGCGCCACCAGCGGAACUCAGGUGCGCGAGGGCCGGGAGCCGGACGAGCCCUGCCGCCGAGGACUGUCCGGCCGCGGGGGAGCGGUUUGGCGGGGACACAGGGCCGCUCGGAGCCGCCGCGAUGCUCCCCUCCUUGCAGGACUCGCUGGAUGGGGAGGAGAAGGAGCUGGAGAGCAGCGAGGAGGGCGGCUCCGCGGAGGAGCGGAGACCCGAGCCGCCGCCCAGCAGCCACUACUGCCUCUACAGCUACCGCGGAAGCAGGUCGGCACCGCCGAGAGGGGACAGCGAUGACGGAAGCCCAAGUGGCACAAAUGCAGAAACGCCCUCUGGUGACGACUUCAGCCUCUCCCUGGCGGACACUAAUCUACCAUCUGAAGUGGAGCCAGAGCUGCGCAGUUUCAUUGCUAAGCGUCUUUCUAAGGGAGCCGUCUUUGAAGGGCUGGGUAAUGUUGCAUCUGUGGAGCUGAGAAUUCCAGGUUACCGGGUCGGUUGUUACUACUGCCUUUUCCAACAAGAAAAACUGCUUCCUGAAGCAGCAGUGGACUCUGAACAUAACCCUUCAGAGUACGUGGUCUGUUUUUUAGGAGGGUCUGAAAAAGGACUUGAGCUUUUCAGGCUUGAAUUGGACAAGUACAUUCAAGGGCUGAAAAAUAACAUGAGCUGUGAGGAAAGGGGCCUGGAGAACCAUGUAAAGUCCUACCUGAGUAGCUGGUUUGAGGAUGUCGUGUGCCCGAUCCAGAGGGUGGUUCUUCUCUUUCAGGAGCAGCUUACCUUUUUGCUACACGCUGCUCUGAGUUAUACUCCUGUUGAGGUUAAAGAAUCAGAUGAAAAAACAAAGAGAGACAUUAACAGGUUUCUGAGUGUGGCCAGUCUUCAAGGCCUUAUUCAUGAAGGCACCAUGACAUCUUUGUGCAUGGCCAUGACGGAGGAGCAGCAUAAGUCUGUGGUCAUUGACUGCAGUAGUUCCCAGCCUCAGUUCUACAACGCAGGAAGCAACCGAUUUUGUGAGGAUUGGAUGCAGGCUUUUUUGAAUGGUGCUGAAGGAGGUAACCCUUUUCUUUUUCGACAAGUACUGGAGAACUUUAAACUAAAGGCCAUACAAGACACAAAUAAUUUGAAGAGAUUUAUCCGACAGGCAGAAAUGAAUCAUUAUGCUUUGUUUAAAUGUUACAUGUUCCUAAAGAACUGUGGUAGUGGCGAUAUCCUUUUGAAGAUCGUUAAAGUGGAACAUGAAGAAAUGCCUGAAACCAAAAAUGUGGUAGCCGUCCUCGAAGAAUUUAUGAAAGAAGCUCCUGCCCAAAGUUUUUGAUCGCAUUUUGAGAUAACUGGAUUGUGAAGCAUAUUCCAGCGUUGGUGUUUGAAAUUACAGUUGUUAUAAAUUGUCAUAGGAUUGCUAUUUAAGAUGAUUUGAAAUGGAUUCUGUGUUUUUUCAUUUUGUAUUUUUAAAAUUUAACAUAAUUUGACAUGAAAAUCUGAGGAAUGUCUUCAUUGAAUCCUAGAUAGAUGUGUGUUGAGAGUUGUGAACUUUUAGUACAUUGCUGGUCCCAUAAAUUCUAGACUUCAGGGAGUUGUUGCUUAAAAAACGUCAGAGGUGAUUUUGUGCUUCUCUCAGGAGUGUGCUGCAGUAUUUAGCAACCUUUGCUCUCAGAAAAAUCAUAAUACUUCUUUCUCAAAAUGUACGCCUUGUCUUAGGACAGAUUAGCACCAUGACCCUGUUUCAAAGAGAUCUGCGCAUUCUAUGGGUGUUUGAUAGUUUUUUGUCUGAUUGAUAAUGGCAUGGACAAUGAAGCCAGCUUUUUAGUCGAUAUGCAAAUAAAUCUUAAGUGUGUAAAAAAUUAAACGAGCUUUAAAAACUGAUGCACUAGCUUCAAGAUCAAACACUAUCUCUGAUGGAAAGCUACUGGAGAGGUGGCCCCCAUCACUUUUCUUCAUUUGUUCACAGGUAUUAGCCAAGAGCCUGUAUUUUCUUUUUUCUUACAUAUGAAAAUGCUGACGUUUUUAAACAGUGUUAACAAAGAAACAAUGUACAUACAUUUUACAUGCGAACUAUAACAUAAAGAACACAGAUUCUUCAUAUCAGAGUUACCCACUGAUUUUUAGUUUUCUGUAGUUUGUUUUCAAGCCUCAUUGUUUUACUCUGAAUCAGUUAAAAAUGCCCUCAGCUGAAGUCAUUUCUAAUUCCCAUGGAAGCCAAUUGUAGCUACACACAUUGCCCUUUGUUCUGCGUAGCUCUUUAAUAAAUCCAUUUGAUAAUGAUUUUUGUUUAGAUGAUCGGAAGUCUUGUGUUCUCACUGCCCUCAGGAUGCUUGGAGGGACACAAGUUCGUAAAAAUUGUCUCCUAAACUCAUAUAAAUUCACAUUAAGUGCUGAGUGUUAACUUUCAAAAUGACUGACAUUGGCCUGCUUUGUCUUCUACAGAAGUCGAGGGACAUGACUCACCCAGCCAUUUCUUUUCCUUUAAUGAGAAAUACAAUUCAGGAUCUUCAUAAAGGCUUUCAUAUGGUUUUAAACUUUAAUAACUUGGAUUGUAGGCAGUGCAGAAAAAAAAAAUCCAAGUAGUAUUUUUAUAGCAUCAAAUUCAGAAUGACUAUGGGAAGUAAGCAAUUUUAUGGCACUUCCCUGGAACCCAACUUAUUCUAAUGUACUUGAUUGUCCACUUGGAAAUUAUCAACAUUUUGAGUCUGGAAAACAUUUUUCAUUUGCAAAUUCACGUCAUUCAAGAAUUCAUGCUGUAAAUGGCAUUUAAAAGUAAAUGUAUUGUCUGCUUCAAGUCAUUUAAGAAUAGCCAAGGUAUAAGUAUAUAUUCUUUAUAUUACUUUUUUGUUGUUGUUAAUUCUCACCCGAGGAUAUUUUUUCCAUUGAUUUCUACAGACAGUGGAAGGAAGGAAAGGAGGGAGGGGGAGAGGGAGAGAGAGAAACAUCGAUGUGAGAAACAUUAAGAUGAUUUGUGUCUCCCACACAUGCCCCAGAGCUGGGGAUUGAACCUGCAACCCAGGGACCUGCCUUUGACCAGGAAUCGAAUCUGCGACCCUUUUUGGGGGAGCUCUAACCACUUAACACACUGGCCCAGGGCUAUAUGUACUUUUAUAUAUAAUUUGUGAUGUGGGCUCACUACAUUACACAGUUGUAUACAAUAGUCUUAUUUUAAACGUCUGU